AUGGCGUAUCUUUUAUUAUAUGUCGACGAUAUUAUUUUCACUGCUUCCUCUGAUGAGCUUCGCCACUCUAUCAUAUCACUUCUUAGAUCUGAAUUUGCUAUGAAGGAUUUGGGUCUGUUGAGCUAUUUCUUGGGCAUUGCUGUCACUCGUCAUACAACCGGUUUAUUUUUAUCUCAAAAGAUGUAUGCAGCUGAGAUUAUUGACCGUGCUGGCAUGUCCUCGUGUAAGCUAUCUCCUACUCCAGUUCAUACAAAGCCGAAGCUUGGGGCUACUACCAGUAUGCCAUUUGCGGACCCUUCACUUUAUUGGAGUCUUGCCGGGGCACUGCAAUACCUAACAUUCACAAGACCCCAUAUUACCUAUGUUGUGCAACAGGUGUGCUUGUUCAUGCAUGAUCUACUAGAUGAGCACAUGCACUCUCUCAAGCGUAUCGUGUGCUACUUACAAGGUACGUUGGAGUAUGGUCUUCACUUGUAUCUCUCUUCCACAACCAAUUUUGUCUCGUAUACUGAUGCUGAUUGGGGUGGGUGCCCCGACACACGGCGUUCGACGUCGGGUUAUUGUGUCUUUAUGGGUGAUAACUUGAUCUCAUGUGCCAUAUAUCUGGCUGGUAAUCCUGUUCAGCAUCAACGCACUAAGCACAUUGAGAUGGAUAUACAUUUUGUCAGGGAGAAGGUGGCUCGUGGCUAG